GGGAUUGAGGAUCAAGUUAACGGAUGAAGUUACCACAGUGAGAAGAAAGCGGAAGAGUUAGGACAGAGGACGGGCGGAGAGGCCAAGGGAGCAUGGACAGUGGAUCGAGGCUUUCUGUUCGCCAUCAAAGCUUCCGCCAAUGAGUCUGCGGCCUUCUCAUUGAAGAGCGCCCGACGGAGCGUGGAGCGUGACAGAGCCCCGAGAAAUCAUCUGUCGGUGUUUGUGCUUCGCUUCGCUGCUCGAUUUGCAAUUUGCGAGUAAUCUGUCUGUCAACAUGGCGACCACGGCCACCGUGAGUGCAAUGCUUUCGGCAUCCGCUUGUAAUCUGCUCCAUAGACGAGGUCUUGAGUCUUCGAGCUCUUCUCAGAUAUCUUUGGCGGGAAUUCCAAGCGGUCGAUCACUGGCAACCCGUGUUAAUGGGAGGGUUGUUCCUCAAUAUGGACAGCAGUAUCCCAAACGCGGUCUAGUCGUCUAUGCUGACUACAAUGGCCGAAGAGGAGGUGGUGCAGGUGAUUUCGUUGCUGGAUUCUUGCUUGGGGGUGCAUUGUUUGGAGCUAUCGGUUAUUUGAUUGCACCAACGGUGAACAAAACCCUCGCAGCAGCAGCGGCAGCCGAGAAGGAAAAAGAGGAUGUGGAGGAUGAAGGCCCACCAAAGAAGCUCCCCAAGUAUUUGGAAGACGACGAGGGACUUGAGGUACGCACUCAGAGUGAUCCGCACUUUACGAAGCUUCUAACGUCUGUGGAAGACGAUGAGGGACUCGAGAAGACAAGGAAAAGUCUCAAUGAGAAGAUCGCUCAGCUCAAUGCCGCAAUCGACGACGUGUCUGCCCAGCUAAGAGCAGAGGAGGGGGCAUUCAGCAAUGUCAAUGAUUCUGCUGUGGAACUUGAAUCGGCUGCUUGAUUCUACCAAUGUGAGAUUAUCUUAUAGCUGUCAACCCACCAGAACUGGGAAGUAGUAGGACUUAAUUCAUGGUCAUAAGAGUUAACCGGGUUGCACCUUUGCAAUAUCGUUAGUGAAAAAGUCAGUCUGCCCCUGUCCCUUAUAUGUCUUGGAAGUUUCUUACUUGUAAUCACAGUCUCGGGUCCUCCCUGCCGACACGUUGACCGCAAAUGUCUGCGAAGCAUUUUGGCAAUGUGUACUGCAUCGAAAACUAGUUUAGGUAGCCUUGACGUAUUGUCUAUCAGGAAGCACCUGAGAUGGCUACGGAGUUUGUACUCCUGAAACUCCAUCAUUAUAGCAAAGAGAACUGCACGUGGGAUCCCGUAGAGCUUUUUGUAAAAAUCAGGCCAUUCAGCUUGAGCCAUACAAAUUUCAAGUGGGAGGCGAAGUUCAACUCUCUGCUAUGCCGCCCGGAUGCAUGCUGCUGGACGAGUUUGGGAGUAACUGCAGCUUAGUGCCAGGCUCAAAUGUCCACAGAUUCGGUUCAUAACAUUUCGUAUGCUCUCUGUAGAAAAUUGCGGUUACUCUCCCUUUCAGACGACUAUUUUGGGCUUCAUCGCGGUUGCUAUGUUGAUUCAGAGUUGCUACAAGGUUGCCUAUGCGCCAAUCAUAGUUCCGUGCUUGAAUGGAAAUCAGAAAUUACGCCAAAUACUUUGUUCGCAGCC